CUUUGGGGAUCAAAGGACAAGAUGUAUGAGUUUGCACAGGUCAGUGUGUUAUACCUUGGCGGCAGUUUCCACUUGCCAUCCCACGACCGUGAGAUGGUGCUGAUGCUCCAUCUCCUCAAACUUACAGACACGCUCAACACGGAACAGGGUGGCUUUGAAGCCUUACGGGACGAAGUUGUCGCCCUGAAGAAGUAUGUGAGUGGCAACUGGGUGUCAUCAAAGAUUCAAGAGGAGCUUCUCACCAGCCUCCUUGGCCACUGGCUCAUCAAGCCAUGUGUCUCCUAUGACAAGAUUCACCUUCGUGUUGCGCGUUAUGUGCACCUGCGUGCUGAAUGGCUCCAUCUUGCCAUCUAUGUCACUGACCUGGUUGCCAGAGCAGUGGUUGACAGGUUCUUACGGUACAAAAUUGGCCAGAUGAAAAGCACCUACCGCAAAGAGAUAUUAGCCUCUGUCAAGGACAAGAAGAAGCUCAAUGAUUUUGCUCACACUAUGCUCGUAAAGUACCACUGCCCCAUUGUUCCAUUGGACCCACCGCAAUACACUUUGGCAGUGCUUGCUUUCUUGCGCAGCGUUGCCACCGAGAUGUUGCAAGACGGUGAUGAGAAGAGGUACUGGCGCAAGGUCGAGACCAAGCUUGCUGACCUGCAUAGCGAGGACCACAAUGGUGAAGACUGUUUCUUUACCAUGAUAUUGUCCCAGUGGGAGCUUGAUAUCAUUGCGAAGGAUAGAGAGACGAUCAGCAGCGUGACAAAUGUCAACCGUCUGCAGCGGUCGACCUCAAGCGCCGCUCUGGCCCCCGUCGCUGAACCUCCCACCCUCGGUGCCCCCGCAAUAGCAUUUGCUCAAGAUAUGGAAGCGAACACUGAUGUCCUUGACUCCAGUCAUGUGCCCCCUUCAUUCAGUCUGUAUGGGGCAAGUGCGGUGCCGCACAAUUUCCCUGCACAUACCUUUGACAGCGAUGUUCAGCUUGAUUCGCUUGGUGACAUAGCUAGUACUAUAGAGUCUGCCUUGUAA